CAGAAGGUCCACCCUUUCAGCACCCCCUCUCCAGGUAAGGGGGAGAGACUGGCCCAGCCACCCAGGCAGUCAAACCACUAUCCUCAGUUGUCCCUGCCCCAGCAAAGUCCCAUCUUCCUGCUUCAUCCCAUGGCCUAACAUCCUCCAAGCCUGACCUCCAGUCCUGGUGAUGUAGCCAGAAGUCACAUUUAGCUUGACAUUGCCCUCCCCAUCCGGAUACUGAAUUGGGGGACCCUCUAGGCCUGAGAUAGGCUAUUCCACACAGACCCCACCCUGUCCCACUUCUGCUUGUCUGUCCCUGAAGAUGGAGUGCUCACUACCACCCAGGCAGCUCUGACAGAGGAGUCACCCACUCUUGAGCUGUGUUCUUCUCUCCCUUCCUGCUCCUAGCUCUUCCCUGGGGUCUAUUAAUGCCUCUUACUGUCACUCACAGUGGGGGCUGAGGGUUGUUGCCUGGAAUUCAGGGAGCUCGGGCAGUCCAGAGCCCCUGGAUCUGGAGCUCCACUCACCUUACCCUGACCUCGAGUUGGGUAGGUAUGGCUGGAGAACUUUUACCCAUGAAGCAAAGGGAUGGUUUUAAAGAGGUGAAUGUUAGGUAACAAGCCACCGAGAGUUAGAAUGGGGACUGGACUCCGGAACCCAUGUGCUCACCACUGAUUUGGUUCGUGAGAGGCACCAGACAGGAAUAGGUCUUACAAAGGGUGCUAAUGCCCCUGAUGGGGGCAUUCCAGCAAAGCAAACAAGAGCAAAGCACAGGCAGACCUGUGGGGGUACAGACAGCGAGUCACGCCCUUGGGCCCGGGCAUCCUGCAGGUUUGGGGUGUGAAGGCUGGAGGUGAGGUGGGCACCACCCACACAGGGCCUCAGAUGUGAGCUUGUGAUAGGGCAUGUGACUGGCCGAUCAGGCUGUGAUGGUGACGGAUGUCUACUCGAGGCCCACUGUGCGCUGGACUUGGGGUACGUCAGGCAGGGUCUGGGAGCAGCAUGGUGUCAGGCAGCUCAGUGAUCCCUGUCACCUUGGCAAACAAGGUGUACUCCCUGUACUCCCCACCAGUGUCACAACCACCAGCCCUCAGCCCUCCGGGUUACUUCAGAAUUCCAGAGAAGUCUCAGUUCCAUGCGCAGCCAGGGACUGUUUGAGCCUAAGCAGCCCUCAGGAGCCCCUCACCCCCAGCACUCUCAAGUGCCCUCACAGCUAGUUGGGCAUAAGUUGGGGUCUCUGUGGAGGCGACCAUGAGAACCCCUCUUCCCAGGGACACCGGCCUUCCCCAUUCCCACAACCUUCUCCCCUGCUGCAGGACCUGGGCAUCACUUACCUAUGGGCCCUGGAGAGGGCUUGGCAGGUGUAGCUGCUCCCAGCCUGCCCUCAGUAGGGGACAGGGUUGGGGCUCUGACCCAGUUAGGUGGGAGCGAGGGGCUGGACUGUCCCUGACCCAUGUUCCUGCUCAGAGCUGGCACAACUGACCAAGGCAGAGGCUCUGAGAGGGGCAUGGGAAGCCUGAGCAUCACGGCCACCCCUCCCAGGCCCUGGGCCUUCACAUGCAGCACUGCUACUAUGCUCUCAUCCCCUGCCAUUCUCUGCCUUCUGACCCUGGCUCCCUGAGGGACUCCCAUACCCCGACACAUCGCAGUCUCAAGCCAUGGGGCCUAGGCCAGAGUUGGCCUGAGGCCUUCCAGGGAGAAAAGGUAAGACCCAGGGAGGCAGGACAGGCAGCCACCCCACCCCUGCCUAAUACUGUGCCUUGGAGACCUCCUCAUCCCCUUUCAGAGCCCCUGAAGGCUGUCUUGAUUGCCCCAGCCCUGAACCCAGCUCAGCCCAAUCUGCUGAAAGUUUACAGGACUGGACAGGCCAAGGCUGUGGUUCUAGGGACAGAAAGCAGGAGUAUGUAGAGAUUGAGGGACCCACCCCUAUCCUGGGAAGGCUGAUCAAGGUGAUGGCCACCAGGAGGGUGGGAGGUUCCUGCUCAAGUACUACAAGCCCAAGUUACACAAGGCAGUAGGGCAUAGAGUGGGCAGAGGCCUGGACAAGAGGAUGUGAACCACAGAUGGGGAGAGGUGGAAGCCGGAGAAGCAGGUCCUGGUUGGACCAGCAGCCUGGAAUGCCAGGCUCAGCAGUCGAGCCUUUAUGGGGAGGGGUUAGACAUAGUCAAAUGUGGGCUUUCUGGUGCUCAGUAGAGCUGCAGCUGGCAGGAAGACUACCAUUUUGAGUGACUGGCUUGACUGAGGGGCAGAAGAGGGGAAGACAGCAUUGGGACAUUUUUGAAGGCAGCCAGCGGUCUCUGUGGGGCCACUGAGGCAAGGAUCGGGUCACAUGGUCUGCAUGGGCUGGCUUGCUAGCAAUCAUGAGUGGUCCUGGCCUAGAACUAAGGUCUGGCUUUCAGCAUCCUCAAAGGUACACUGAAGGCAAAGUAGUAGAUAAGGCAUCCCCUAUGGGGCCUCCUGUUUCCCCAUCUGUAAUGGGAGAGGUUCAGAAGAAGUGGUCCAGGACCCCUGGCCGCCUCUGCUGUCUCGGGAUCUGGGUAUUUUGGGCUCCUUGCUGAUUGUUCGGGAGGAGGCUGCCAGCAGGAGAGGGUGGAGAGGUCAAUAAAUGUCACUGACAGGCAAAAUGUCAUGGUUGUGUGGGUCUGCUCCAUGGUGGCCCUGGCACCUCUCUGAGUUGUCUUCAGAUCUGCACUAAAAUAUACCAGGGAGUUCCCCAGUCACAGGGUGGAUGGCUGCUCUGCCUAGGUUUUUUGGGGAUCUGGCUCAGGUCUGCUGUGGUCAGGCCUCUUGCCCUGGGACCAUUCAGGCCUUGCCCUGUGGUCUGGGUCCAUAGACUGCAAAAAUUAGCCAUCCAUCCAAAGAUAGUUCUGGAGGUCCUUGGGUAUGAGGUCCAUGGCCCCUGGGGAGCAGCCUCAGGCCUGCUGAGUACUGACCAUGAUGUGUCCCUUGCCUCUUCAUCCUUUUCCACUCUAGCUCCCCCUGUCCACCUCUAACUCUAGGACUCAGCUGGUUGGGAGCUCCAGAUGGCGCCGGCCUGGAGGAAUUCCUGUAUAAGCCACCACCCACCCCUAUCCCCUGGGAGGGGCUUAGAGGUUAGAGGAGAUACGGGCUAGGCUAGGAUUUAUCAGCUGUGUUCCUGAGCAAAGAGAACUGCAGGGUCCAGAUGAGGUGGCCAGGACAUGGCGGUGCUGGGGGGACAAAGGUAUGGCUGAGUCUUCUACAUCGACCUCUAUGGCCUAAGGCCUUGAGCACAGGUCAGGGAGCUGUGGGUGCCUUGAGUGAAGGGUACUGAAGCAGCAGGAUCAGAACCCUCACCUGGAUAAGAGCUCUUCCAGGCGCCAACCUCAUGCUUGUAAAACUAGUCUCUGGCCCACAAGCCCCACCCAGGAUAGGUGACUCCACCCCUCUGUAACAGGUCCCACCCUCAGCGCAGGCCAGGUCGCUUGCAGCCUCUCUCACUGGGGCCCAGGGUGCCCCGGCCCCCCCACAUCCCUGCGGUCUGCCGGGAGGAAGCGGUCCCCCUCCCCCACCGUGACUUUGCGUUUCCUGCCCCAGCCCCGGGGCGGGAGGAGACAUUUCCCGUUCACACCAAAGUUUUCCUGGCAGCGCCUAGACCUGGGCUUAGCCACUGCCCCUCUUGCCCAUGGAACCAGCUCUGGGGCCUGGGGUCCAGAAGGACCUGGGUUACCUGCAGCAGUGGCUGAAGGCCUUCGUAGGUGCCUUCAAGAAGAGCAUCUCACUGUCCUCUCUGGAGCCACGAAGGCCAGAGGAGGCAGGUGCAGAGGUCCCGCUGCUACCACUGGAUGCGCUGCAUGUGCUGGCCGAGCAGCUGCACCAGGCCGACCUGGAGCAAGCCCUCCUGCUGCUCAAGCUCUUCAUCAUUCUGUGCAGAAACCUGGAGAACAUAGAGGCAGGCCGGGGCCAGGUGCUAGUGCCCCGAGUGCUGGCGCUGUUGACCAAGUUGGUGGCGGAGCUGAAAGGAUGCCCACCACCCCAGGACCAAGGGGCACAGUUGGAGAAUGUGGCCCUACAUGCUCUGCUUCUCUGCGAGGGCCUCUUUGACCCUUACCAGACCUGGCGGCGCCAGCGCAGUGGGGAAGUCAUCAGCUCCAAGGAGAAGAGCAAAUACAAGUUCCCUCCUGCUGCUUUGCCCCAGGAAUUCAGUGCCUUCUUCCAAGAGAGCCUACAGAAUGCAGACCACUUGCCUCCCAUACUGCUGUUGCGUCUCAUCCACCUCUUCUGCGCCGUCCUCGCUGGAGGAAAGGUAGGCUGGGAGGAGAACGGGCAGAUGGCUGUAAGUGACGGCUCUGUGAAAGGCCUGCUGAGUGUGGUGCGGGGCUGGAGCCAUGGGCCAGCCCCAGACCCCCACCUAGUACCACUGGCUCUAGAGGCACUGGUGGGUGCAGUCCAUGUCUUGCAUGCCAGCCGCACACCUCCUCGUGGCCCAGAGCUUCGUGCCCUGCUUGAGAGCUACUUCCAUGUCCUUAAUGCCGACUGGCCAGCUGGUCUGAGCUCAGGCCCCGAAGAGGCCCUUGUCACCCUCCGGGUCAGCAUGCUCGAUGCCAUCCCCAUGAUGCUGGCAUGUGAAGACCGGCCAGUGCUGCAAGCCACCUUCCUCAGCAACAAUUGCUUUGAACACCUCACUCGGCUCAUUCAGAACAGCAAGCUGUACCUGCAGGCCCGGGCGCCCCCUGAGGGGGACAGUGACCUGGCUACCCGGUUACUGACUGAGCCCAAUGUCCAAAAGGUCCUGGACCAAGACACAGACGCCAUUGCAGUCCAUGUAGUCAGAGUGCUGACCUGCAUCAUGAGUGACUCCCCCUCAGCCAAGGAGGUGUUUAAGGAGCGCAUCGGCUACCCUCACCUGCAGGAGGUUCUGCAGAGCCAUGGUCCCCCUACCCAUCGGCUGUUGCAAGAGCUGCUCAACAUGGCUGUGGAGGGUGACCACAGCUUGUGGCCACCUCCACCAAUCCGCAACGAGCAGCCGAUACUGGUGCUGGUGCAGUGGCUGCCGUCAUUGCCCACCGCUGAGCUGCGGCUCUUCCUAGCACAACGCCUCAGGUGGCUCUGUGACAGCUGCCCUGCCAGCCGUGCCACCUGUGUGCAGGCAGGCCUGGUGGGCUGCCUGUUGGAGACACUCAGCACAGGGCUAGCCCUGGAGGCCCGCUGCCAAGAGCAACUGCUGGCACUGCUACAAGCACUGGGCCGUGUAUCAAUAAGGCCCAUGGAGCUGCGUCACCUGCUGCGCCCUCCGCCAGGAUUGGACUCGGGACCAGGUGGAGCUGAGGCUGGAAAGGCCCGACACGCAGGUGCUGUCAUCCGUUCAUUAUCAGGCAUGGCCAGGCACCGGGGCCCUGCACGCGCUCUACGCUACUUUGACCUCACGCCCAGCAUGGCGGGCAUCAUGGUACCCCCUGUGCAGCGAUGGCCAGGGCCUGGCUUCACCUUUCAUGCCUGGCUCUGUCUGCACCCCAUGGAUAUAGCACCUACCCCUGCCCCCACCCGACCACUCCAGCGAAAGCAGCUGUACAGCUUCUUCACCAGCAACGGCUCAGGGUUUGAGGCCUUCUUCACGGCGGCCGGGACCCUGGUGGUGGCUGUGUGCACACGGAAGGAGUACUUGACCAUGAGUUUGCCCGAAGUGUCCUUUGCCGACUCUGCCUGGCACUGCGUGGCUAUCGUCCAUGUGCCUGGGCGCCGGCCCUUCAGCCAGAACCUGGUCCAUGUCUACAAAGACGGCCAUCUGGUCAAGACAGCGCCCCUUCGCUGCCCCUCCCUCAGUGAGCCUUUCUCUUCCUGCUGUAUCGGCUCCGCUGGGCACCGCACAACGACCACCACCACGGGGCUGCCCAUGCCACCAGUCCCCGCCACCCUGGCCUACACUCACCCCGCCCUCACCCGCUCCCAGUCAGUCCCAGCCUCCACGGGGCUUGGCUGGGGGUCCGGGCUGGUGGCCCCCCUGCAGGAGGGCAGCAUCGACUCUACCCUCGCAGGCACCCAGGACACUCGGUGGGGCAGUCCCACAUCCCUGGAGGGUGAGCUGGGGACUGUGGCCAUCUUUCACGAAGCCCUGCAGGCGACGGCUCUGUGGACCCUGUGCACCCUGGGGCCCAAUGAGACGGCACCCUUCAAGCCUGAGGGGGAGCUGCAUGAGCUCAGCACCAGGCUGCUCCUCCAUUACUCACCUCAGGCUUGUAAGAACAACAUUUGCCUGGACCUGUCCCCCAGUCAUGGGCUCGAUGGGCGCCUGACGGGCCACAGAGUGGAGACCUGGGAUGUGAAGGAUGUGGUGAACUGCGUUGGGGGUAUGGGUGCCCUGCUGCCCCUGCUGGAGCGAGUAGCUGCACAGCCCAAAGAGGCUGAGGCAAGUCCAGCUGAAACGCAUGACCUCGUGGGUCCUGAACUGACCUCUGGCCACAAAACCCAAGGCCUGGUUCUCCCAUUGGGUAAAUCUUCAGAGGAACGGAUGGAGAGGAACGCAGUGGCUGCUUUUCUGCUGAUGCUGCGGAACUUCCUUCAGGGUCACAUGGUGAACCAAGAGAGCCUGGUGCAGUGCCAGGGGCCUGCCAUCAUUGGGGCCCUCCUGCGAAAGGUCCCCAGCUGGGCCAUGGACAUGAACGUGCUCAUGUCUGCCCAGCUGCUGAUGGAGCAAGUGGCGGCUGAGGGCAGCGGGCCCCUCCUGUACCUACUCUACCAGCAUUUGCUCUUCAACUUUCACCUCUGGACCCUCAGUGACUUUGCCGUGCGCCUCGGCCACAUCCAGUACAUGUCCAGCAUAGUUCGGGAGCACAGACAGAAGCUGAGGAAGAAGUACGGCGUCCAGUUUAUCCUGGAUGCUCUGCGCACCCACUACAGCCCGCAGCGGGAGCGCCCCCUGGCUGCUGACGACCUACGCACCGUGCAGACCUCCCUCCUGGGCCUGGCAAGGGAGUUCCUGGUGCGGAGCCUCUCAGCAGAUGAUGUGCAGGUCACGCAGAUCAUGCUGAACUUUUUGGCAGCCACAGGCGACGAUGGCCAGGUGGUGGGUGCGCUGGACCUGCUGCUAGCCCUGCUGCAUGGUUCCCUGGCGCAGGAGUCCUUGGCUAUCUUUCUGUUGGAGCCAGGGAACCUCGAAGUGCUGCUGGCCCUGCUAGUGCGGCCAGGGUCACUGCCCCUGCUGCCCGAUCGAGUCUGCAAGAUCCUGCGCAGACUGCAGCAGAACGAGCGGCUACCUGAGCGGAGCCGCCAGCGCCUCCGGCUGCGGGAGUGUGGUCUCCAGGGUCUGAUUGCCUGCUUGCCUGAGGGGACUGUUUCCCCCCAGCUCUGCCAGGGCCUCUACAAGCUGUUCCUGGGGGCAGAUUGCCUGAACCUCUCAGAUCUGCUGGCUGUGGUACAGCUGUCCCUCCAGGCUGACCUCAGCGUUCGCCUAGACAUCUGUCGCCAGCUCUUCCACCUCAUCUAUGGACAGCCAGAUAUAGUGCGCCUUCUGGCCCGACAGGCUGGCUGGCAGGAUGUGCUGACCCGGCUAUAUGUCCUGGAAGCUGCCACAGCUGGCAGUCCCCCUCCUUCUUCCCCAGAGUCACCCACCUCCCCCAAGCCAGCCCCACCCAAGCCACCCACUGAGUCACCUGCUGAGCCUUCAGAUGUCUUCCUGCCCUCAGAGGCCCCCUGCCCUGACCCUGAUGGCUUUUACCAUGCUCUCUCCCCAUUCUGCAUGCCCUUUGACCUGGGCCUGGAACGGUCUAGUGUAGGAUCAGGCAACACUGCUGGUGGUGGCGGCAGCAGUGGUACUCUUACUCCAGCCAGCCAGCCUGGCACUCCUUCCCCACUGGAUGGGCCGAGGCCCUUUUCUGCUGCCCCUGGCCGCCACAGCUCCAGUCUCUCCAAUGUGCUGGAGGACGGCAGCCUCCCAGAGCCCACCAUUAGCGGGGAUGAUACCUCGAACACCAGCAACCCACAGCAAACCUCUGAGGAAGAGUUGUGCAAUCUGCUCACCAACGUGCUGUUCUCGGUGACGUGGCGUGGUGUGGAAGGUAGCGAUGAGGCUGCCUGGCGGGAGCGUGGCCAGGUUUUCUCGGUGCUCACCCAGCUGGGGGCCUCAGCCACACUUGUGCGCCCACCAGACUGCAUCAAGCGCAGCCUCCUGGAGAUGAUGCUGGAGUCAGCCCUGACCGACAUCAAGGAAGCCCCCGUGGGGGUCCUGGCCAGCCUCACCCAGCAGGUGCUUUGGCUGCUGCGUCUGCUGCAGGACUUCCUGUGUGCUGAAGGCCAUGGUAACCAGGAACUGUGGAGUGAGAAGCUCUUUGAAGGUGUAUGCAGCCUACUUGAUCGCCUGGGAGCCUGGCCCCACCUGGCCAACGGCACAGCUGAUCUCCGUGAGAUGGCACAGAUUGGCCUGCAGCUUGUGCUUGGCUACAUCCUGCUGGAAGACCCACAGCUGCAUGCCCAGGCCUAUGUGAGAUUGCACAUGCUGCUACAGACUGCAGUGCCAGCCCGCCGCGAGGAAGCCUGCUAUGUGCUCUCCAAGCUGGAGGCUGCACUGGGGCGGGCGCUGAACACCUCUUCCUCCGAGUCAGCCACUGAUAAGACAGGGCCCCCACCUGCAGCCACAGCAGCCGCAGAGCGCUGCUCCUGGCUGGUGCCGCUGGUACGCACGCUGCUAGACCGUGCCUAUGAGCCGCUGGGGCUGCAGUGGGGACUACCCUCCCUGCCACCCACCAAUGGCAGCCCCACCUUCUUUGAAGACUUCCAGGCUUUUUGUGCCACACCCGAAUGGCGCCACUUCAUCGACAAACAGGUGCAGCCAACCAUGUCCCAGUUCGAAAUGGACACGUAUGCUAAGAGCCACGACCUUAUGUCAGGUUUCUGGAAUGCCUGCUAUGACAUGCUCAUGAGCAGUGGGCAGCGGCGCCAGCGGGAGCGUGCCCAGAGUCGUCGGGCCUUCCAGGAGCUGGUGCUGGAACCUGCGCAGAGGCGGGCGCGCCUGGAGGGGCUGCGCUACACGGCAGCGCUGAAGCAGCAGGCAGCGCAGCACUCCACAGCCCUGCUGCACUGGGGCACGCUGUGGCGCCAGCUCGCCAGCCCAUGUGGGGCAUGGGCGCUGAGGGACCCUCCCACCCUCCGCUGGAAACUGUCCAGCGCUGAGACAUACUCACGCAUGCGUCUGAAGCUGGUGCCCAACCAUCACUUCGACCCUCACCUGGAAGCCAGUGCCCUCCGUGACAAUCUGGGUGAGGUUCCCCUGACACCCACCGAGGAGGCCUCACUGCCUCUGGCAGUGACCAAAGAGGCCAAAGUGAGCACCCCACCCGAGGAGCUGCAGGAGGACCAGCUCGGCGAAGAUGAGCUGGCUGAGCUGGAGACCCCGAUGGAGGCAGCAGAACUGGAUGAGCAGCGUGAGAAGUUGGUGCUGUCGGCUGAGUGCCAGCUGGUGACGGUAGUGGCCGUGGUCCCAGGGCUGCUGGAGGUCACCACACAGAAUGUGUACUUCUACGAUGGCAGCACUGAGCGUGUCGAAACUGAGGAGGGCAUUGGCUAUGAUUUCCGGCGCCCACUGGCCCAGCUGCGUGAGGUCCACCUGCGGCGUUUCAACCUGCGCCGUUCAGCACUUGAGCUCUUCUUUAUCGAUCAGGCCAACUACUUCCUCAACUUCCCAUGCAAGGUGGGCACGACCCCAGCCUCAUCUCCUAGCCAGACUCCCAGGCCCCAGCCUGGCCCCAUCCCACCCCACACCCAGGUACGGAACCAGGUGUACUCGUGGCUCUUGCGCCUACGGCCUCCCUCUCAAGGCUACCUAAGCAGCCGCUCCCCCCAGGAGAUGCUGCGUGCCUCAGGCCUUACACAGAAAUGGGUACAGCGUGAGAUAUCCAACUUCGAGUACUUGAUGCAACUCAACACCAUUGCGGGGCGGACCUACAAUGACCUGUCUCAGUACCCUGUGUUCCCCUGGGUCCUGCAGGACUACGUGUCCCCAACCCUGGACCUCAGCAACCCAGCCGUCUUCCGGGACCUGUCUAAGCCCAUCGGUGUGGUGAACCCCAAGCAUGCCCAGCUCGUGAGGGAGAAGUAUGAAAGCUUUGAGGACCCAGCGGGGACCAUUGACAAGUUCCACUAUGGCACCCACUACUCCAAUGCAGCAGGCGUGAUGCACUACCUUAUCCGCGUGGAGCCCUUCACCUCCCUGCACGUCCAGCUGCAGAGUGGCCGCUUUGACUGCUCCGACCGGCAGUUCCACUCAGUGGCAGCAGCCUGGCAGGCACGCCUGGAGAGCCCCGCCGAUGUGAAGGAGCUCAUCCCAGAAUUCUUCUACUUUCCUGACUUCCUGGAGAACCAGAACGGUUUUGACCUGGGCUGUCUCCAGCUGACCAACGAGAAGGUGGGCGAUGUAGUGCUGCCCCCGUGGGCCAGCUCUCCUGAGGACUUCAUCCAGCAGCACCGCCAGGCUCUGGAGUCGGAGUAUGUGUCUGCCCACCUGCACGAGUGGAUCGACCUCAUCUUUGGCUACAAGCAGCGGGGGCCAGCUGCCGAGGAGGCCCUCAAUGUCUUCUAUUACUGCACCUAUGAGGGGGCUGUAGACCUGGACCAUGUGACAGAUGAGCGGGAACGGAAGGCUCUGGAGGGUAUUAUCAGCAACUUUGGGCAGACUCCCUGUCAGCUGCUGAAGGAGCCACAUCCAACUCGGCUCUCAGCUGAGGAAGCAGCCCAUCGCCUUGCACGCCUGGACACUAACUCACCUAGCAUCUUCCAGCACCUGGACCAACUCAAGGCAUUCUUUGCAGAGGUCGUCAGUGAUGGUGUACCCCUGGUGCUAGCUCUGGUCCCCCACCGGCAGCCCCACUCCUUCAUCACCCAGGGUUCCCCAGACCUGUUGGUGACCGUGAGUGCCAGUGGGCUGCUGGGUACCCACAGCUGGUUGCCCUAUGACCGCAACAUAAGCAACUACUUCAGCUUCAGCAAAGACCCCACCAUGGGCAGCCACAAGACGCAGCGACUGCUGAGUGGCCCAUGGGUGCCAGACAGUGGUGUGAGCGGACAAGCACUGGCAGUGGCCCCUGACGGAAAGCUGCUAUUCAGCGGUGGCCACUGGGAUGGCAGCCUGCGAGUGACUGCACUAUCCCGUGGCAAGCUGUUGAGCCAGCUCAGCCGCCACCUUGAUGUAGUAACCUGCCUUGCACUGGACACCUGUGGCAUCUACCUCAUCUCAGGCUCCCGGGACACCACAUGCAUGGUGUGGCGGCUCCUGCAUCAGGGUGGUCUGUCAGUAGGCCUGGCACCAAAGCCUGUGCAGGUCCUGUAUGGGCAUGGGGCUGCAGUGAGCUGUGUGGCCAUCAACACUGAACUUGACAUGGCUGUGUCUGGAUCUGAGGAUGGAACUGUGAUCAUACACACUGUACGCCGUGGCCAGUUUGUGGCAGCACUACAGCCUCCGAGUGCCUCAGUGCCUGGACCUAUUUUCCACCUGGCAUUGGGGUCCGAAGGCCAGAUUGUGGUACAGAGCUCAGCGUGGGAACGUCCUGGGGCCCAGGUCACCUACUCCUUGCACCUGUAUUCGGUCAAUGGGAAGUUGCGGGCUUCACUGCCCCUGGCAGAGCAGCCUACAGCCCUGACGGUGACAGAGGACUUUGUGUUGCUGGGCACCGCCCAGUGCGCCCUGCACAUCCUCCAACUAAACACACUGCUCCCGGCUGCGCCUCCCCUGCCCAUGAAGGUGGCCAUCCGCAGCGUGGCCGUGACCAAGGAGCGCAGCCACGUGCUGGUGGGCCUGGAGGACGGCAAGCUCAUCGUGGUGGGCGCCGGGCAGCCUUCUGAGGUGCGCAGCAGCCAGUUCGCGCGGAAGCUGUGGCGGUCCUCGCGGCGGAUCUCCCAGGUGUCCUCGGGAGAGACGGAAUACAACCCUGCUGAGGCGCGCUGAACCUGGCCAGUCCGGCUGCUCGGGCCCCGCCCCCGACGGGCUUGGCCCGGAAGGCCCCGCCCAGAAGUCGACGGGAACACCCCGGGGUGGGCCACCCAGGGGGUGGGCGGGGCCCCACCCUGCCCAGCUCAGGGAUUGGCGGGCGAUGUUACUCCCUCAGGGAUUGGCGGGCGGAAGUCCUGCCCCUCGCCGGCUGAGGGGCGGCCCUGAGAGUCAGCGCUGGCGUCUGCGGCCGUAGCAGCACUUUUUGCACAGUCUGGGGCGGGGUUCCCCGGCUUCCAAGUCCCCGUUUCGUCAGAGCACGAGGGCCGCCUGUGGCCUUAAUUCCUAACGGCGGCCCCGGUUCUCCCUUAUCGGCAAUAAACCUGGCCUAGUUUUGUAGC